CAAAGAGGAAGGAAGAUGGCGGAUAACAAAGGCGAGGAGGAUAUGGAACCGUCUGUUAAUUCGGACUCAGUGCCUUCAGCAAAAGAUAAUGAAGAGCCUGAGAAGAAAGUCGACAGUGCGGUAACAGUUGAUGAAGCAAAUUCAAAGGGCGGCGAAGAAACAGAGGCCCAAGAUAACGCUACUGAGGCACCGACACCGACACCCACCAGUGAAGGAGGGGACGAUAGCAGCGGCGGGGCUGCUGGAGCGGGAGCGGAAACCAACGGUAGCGCUAGCAACGCCGUCAGCCCGCCUGAAACCAGCAGCAGCACCAAUGCAGAACCAACAGCAGCCGAACCAGCAACGGCUGGGGAUGCUCAAGCUGGCGGACUAUCCACUGAAAUGUCCCCCCCUCCGACGGCUCCAGCCGCCACACCGGCCACACCGGUACCAGCUCCUAUUAAUUUACUGGAUACGUGCGCAGUGUGUAAACAAAGUCUUCAGAGCCGGGACUGUGAACCAAAACUUCUGCCUUGUCUGCACUCUUUUUGUCUAAAAUGUAUUCCCCAACCAGACAGACAAGUAAGCGUGCAGGUGACUGGACCACACGGGCAACCUGACACACAUAUAGUUAAUGUUAUGCACUGUUUGGUGUGCCACCAAGAGUACAGACAAAGUGACAUUAUCGACAAUUACUUCGUCAAAGAUACAACAGAGGCCACCAGUACAGCGGAUGAAAAGGCUGCACAGGUGUGCACAAGCUGCGAGGACAACGCAGGAACUAUAGGCUUUUGUGUGGAAUGUGGAGAAUGGCUGUGUAAGACCUGCGUGGAGGCCCACCAGAGGGUCAAAAUUACAAAGGACCACAAGAUUCACACAAAGGACGAUGCUGACAACGCUUCUGAGUCUGUUGGUACAUCAGGACAGAGGCCUGUUUUCUGUCCCAUCCACAAGCAAGAGCCACUGAAGCUUUUCUGUGAGACGUGUGACACUUUGACCUGUAGAGACUGCCAGCUGCUGGAACAUAAAGAGCACAGGUACCAGUUUCUGGAGGAGGCUUGCCAGAACCACAAAGGCAUUAUUGAGACCAAGAUGGCACAGCUACAAGAAAAGAAGAACUAUGUCCAUUAUUCCAUUAAUCAGGUCCAAAGCAGGUUAAAAGAGCUAAAUGAGACUCAUAGGAAGGUGGAGCAUGAGAUCAAAAUUGCAGUAUUUACUCUCAUUAAUGAGAUCAACAAGAAGGGCAAAUCCCUGCUUCAGCAGUUGGAGAGUGUGACCAAAGAGCGCAGUAUAAGACUCAUGGCUCAGCACAAAGAUACCACUCGUCUGGCCCAACAGAUCCACCAUGUGCUGAACUUCUGCAACUGGGCCAUCAGUACUGGCAGCCACACAGCACUGCUCUACAGCAAGAGACUGAUCUUGUACCAGCUUCACCAGCGUCUUCAGGCUGGACUGGAGCCAGCACCCAAGGCCAACGGUACAGUGCGCUUCUUGUGUGACCCGACCUUCUGGGCCAAAAACGUUGUGAAUCUAGGUAGUCUUGUUGUUGAGAAACCACCUGCCCAGUCAUCGAGUGUAAUGGUGGGAGGUCCGCCCAUUUCACCAGGUCAGGGUCACCCAGGCAAACACCCGGGACAGAUCAAUCUGGCCCAGCUCCGGCUGCAGCACAUGCAGCAGGCAGCCUAUGCACAGCAGAAGCAACAGCAACAACAGCAGCAGCACCAGCAGCAGAUUCAGCAACAAAUGCGUAUUGCUUCCCAACUGUCCCAACAGCAUGCCAGACAGGCUGGCCCACCCAUGGCUCAGCAGCAGCCUCCAAGACUCAUCAGCAUGCAGCAGCUACCCCGAGGGCCUGGGGGUAUGAAUGGUGGGCCAGGUCCCCCCAUGUACCCCUCCUCCCACCAUAUGCGUCUCCCGGGUCCACCCCAGGGCAGAAUGCCCACAGCUCAGCCAAGACAUAACGGACAGCCGUAUCCAUCAAUGAUGCAGCCUCAGCUACAAAGACAGCAUUCCAACCCGGGACACGCAGGCCCUUUCCCAGUGGCUUCCCUCCAUAAUGCCAACCCAACAAGUCCUACCAGUGCCAGUAUGGCCAGUGCCCACGCCCACCGUGGCCCUGCUAGUCCCAUCAUAGGUCCUAUCGAGCUCAUCCCCUCUGUCACCAAUCCAGAGAACCUGCCCUGCCUACCUGAGAUCCCACCAAUACAGUUGGAGGAUGCUGGAUCCAGCAGCCUUGGUCACCUCUUAACACGCUACAUCUCAGCCACGCAGCACCAGCUCGGCUCAGUGGACAUGAACCCUUCACCUGGACUGUCAUCACACUCUUCUGGAUCUUCAGGUCUGUCGAAUGCCCACACACCAGCAAGACCUUCAAGCACGUCCAGCACAGGCAGCCGAGGCAGCUGCAGCUCUGCAGGGAGGGCUGGACCAGGAAGUGGAACAGCUGUGGAGCAGGUGAGGGUGAAGCAGGAGCCAGGUACAGAUGACAGCUACAGCUGUCCAGCUACUUCUAUGAAGACAGAGCGGGGAAAAGACGCCGGGAGAAGCGCCUGCAUGAUGAGCAGUCCGGAGAACAGAACUGUGGGAUCCGUAUCUGCAGGUUCAGAUGCUCUGAGGGCCAUAGGAGAUCGCAUCAAAACAGAACCAAACUCUGAUGCUCCUUGUUCGGGUCUUAAUGGCUCCACUGCUGCCACCUCCUCUCCUUCCAGUAACACUACCUCAUUAUCCUCAAAGAACAGCAGCAGUAUGGCAGGUGCUCCGCUCACCAAUGGAAACAUGGACAAAGGGUCAGGAGGCAGCGCGUCUGCCACAGGCAACUCUGGUGGAAAAGAGGAUGACCCCAAUGAAGACUGGUGUGCUGUCUGUGUCAAUGGUGGUGACCUGCUAUGCUGUGACCGCUGCCCUAAGGUGUUCCACAUGAAAUGUCAUGUCCCCACCAUCAAAAUCUUCCCAAAGGGUGACUUUCUCUGCACGUUUUGCCGGAGUAUCAACACCCCCGAGAUAGAGUACUGUGAAGACAGUAAGAAAAUCACUGCAGAGCAGAGCCUGGCUCCAGAGGACCAAAGGAGAUGUGAACGCGUCCUGCUGAACAUCUUUUGCCAUGAGCUCAGCGUGGGCUUCAGGGAACCUGUUCCUAGCUCUGUUCCAAACUACUACAAAAUUAUCAAGCAGCCCAUGGACCUGAAGAAAGUGAAGAAGAAGCUUCAGUUACGAAACUCUCAGUACUACCAGUCCGUCCAGGAGUUUGUAUCCGAUAUGCGUCUGGUCUUCAAGAAUUGUGCAAAGUAUAAUGAGAUGUCUCGAAUAAUCCAGGUUUAUGAUGAGGAGAAACAGAUUAAUACGCAGGUGGGAUCAGAGAUGGCGAUAUCUGGCAAGGCAGUGAGCCUUUGCUUUGAGGAGAAGUUACUGGAGAUGUUCCCGGGGCAGAACUUCCCUGACACACCUGAACCUGAGUCUCCAGAACCGGUGGAAAAGGAGGAGAACGGAUCAGACGACUCUGAUGAGGACUUCAUACAGCCCAGACGUAAACGAUUAAAAACAGAUGAAAAAGUGCUCCACAUAAAGUAAAAACCAGCCACAGAAGAAACAAGAGAAGUGAAAAACUCUAAUCCUCGGCAGCAUACUAAAAGGACGAGAUUUGCUUGUACAAACUGCUUGGUUUAUCUCAUCCUUGCCUUCAAAAGAAUUACUGUCAACUCAACGAGACGUCUGCCUUUAUUAGGACUCGAGGACAGAAACAUAGAAGAGCUGCAUCCCUCCUCAUUUCAUGGACACUCAAGAACUCGCCUGUACAGAGUUAAAAGUAGGAGUUGUUUUUGAGUAGAUAAUGAUCGGUUGUUUCUUUUCUAUCAUUCAUUUUCAUUUGUAGAUUUGUUGUGAAAGUUGCUUUAUAAAACAUUUAAAUUCCCUGUUUCCAGUUCUUAAUGUGUUAUAUCUAUACUUUGCCCUGAAACCCACCGAGUAUUUGUAUGAGUUUGUGGAAGCGUUAUGUAAAUAAGAGAAUCUAGCCGACUGAAGGUAUUCCUCCAGUAUAGAUGUUUGGGUGCGUCAUCAAUAAAACAUGUACUUGAAAUAUAUCAAAGAAAAUGUGUGGUGUCGACUAGGUUUGAGGUCUGAAAAACAAACAUAACAAAAAUAAUCUGUUGCAGGCUUGUCAUGAAGAUAGUUUUGAUUGUUUUCUCAGGA